AAGUGGGGUCAGAAUCCAACAUGGCGGCGGAGAAGAAGCUUUGUUUGUGAAGAGUUCAGCUGUAAACAUUCAGGUUUCACCUGAAAUUCCUCCUGAUCAGAGUCUGUGUAUCAGUUUAUCUUUAAAGCGACAACAUGAGCUUUAAAUAAGUUUUAAAAGUGUCUGAAGGUUUCGAACCGGCAGCCAGAGGAGGAAGAGAGCCGAGUCCUGAUUCAUCCUCAAACCGCAGCAGACAUGGGGGAGCGCACGUCGGACUCGGCGCCGUUCCUCUCCUCCGACAGCGAGGCCGAGGGUCCGGAGGAUCAGGACGGGGCGGCGGCUCGGCGGCAGCAGGACGACGGUUCUGCCAGCGGGGUGUCCCCGGUCCGAGCGGUGCUGACCGUCUUCAUCCUCUGCUACAUCAACCUGCUCAACUACAUGGACCGCUUCACCGUGGCAGGUGUCCUGCCUGACAUCGAGCAGUACUUUGGGAUCGAUGAUGCAAGGUCCGGUUUGUUACAAACAGUGUUUAUCUGCAGCUACAUGGUCCUGGCUCCAGUCUUUGGUUACCUGGGCGACAGGUACGUCAGGAAGUACAUCAUGUGUUUCGGCAUCUUGUUCUGGUCCUCCGUGACGCUCGCCAGCUCCUACACUCCUAAAGACCACUUCUGGGCCCUGCUGUUGACCCGAGGUCUGGUCGGGGUCGGGGAGGCCAGCUACUCCACCAUCGCUCCGACCAUCAUCGCUGACCUCUACGUUAAAGAGAGGAGGACCAACAUGCUGUCUGUCUUUUAUUUUGCCAUUCCUGUUGGCAGCGGCCUCGGGUACAUCGUCGGCUCUCAGGUCAGCUCUGUGGCACAUGACUGGCACUCAGCCUUACGGGUGACUCCUGGACUGGGUCUGGUUGCGGUCCUGCUGCUGCUGGUUGUGGUCCAGGAGCCAAAGCGAGGAGCGGUGGAGGCCCGGUCAGAGCUGCACCAGACCAGCUGGCUGACGGACCUGCGGGAGCUCAGCAGGAACUGCAGCUUCGUGCUGUCCACCCUGGGCUUCACGGCCGUGGCGUUUGUGACGGGCUCGUUGGCUCUCUGGGCGCCGACCUUCCUCUUCAGAGCCGCCGUCUUCACGGGGAAGAAGGCUCCGUGCGUGGACGAGGCUCACUGCUCCACCUCCGACAGCCUGAUCUUUGGGAUCAUCACGGUGGUGACGGGCCUGCUGGGCGUGGCCAGCGGCGUGCAGGUGAGUCGGCUGCUCAGGAAGAGGAACCCUCGAGCCGACCCGUUGGUCUGCGCCACCGGCCUGCUGCUGUCGGCGCCGUUCCUCUACCUCGCCAUCGUCUUCGCUGAGACCAGCACCAUCGCCACAUAC